AUGUCGAAAACCAUUACACUAGACGAGGUCAAACAGCACAACACAGACGAAUCCGCUUGGGUCGCAAUUUGCGGCAACGUGUAUGACGUGACCGAGUUUCUUGAUGACCACCCUGGUGGCCGUAAAAUUUUGCUGAAGAAUAUCGGCAAGGACGCGACCGACAAAUUUACCCAGAUCCAUCCUGACCACGUCAUCAAGGAAGUCGCACCGCAGUUCCAAAUUGGCAAACUUGCGGAGGGCGACUCUAAGUUGUGA